UUGGCCGACCUUCCCAGCGCUGUCUUUGGGAGGUGGCCAGGGCCUGCUUCCAGCACCACUUUGAGGACAGGGCUGGGCAGGCGCUCACCCCACCCCCACUCCAGCUGCCAUUGGUUUCUGCCAGCAGCCCAGGGUGGGUGGAAUGGGGGGCGAGGAAGCAGAUCCGGAGCACAGGCCCAGAGCCAGCCACUGGCCGAAACUACUUUCUCAAGCCAGGGAUCAGCAAUGACCUGUCUCUGCAGCCGCACUCCUGCCCUGCCAGAAUGCUUAUUGCAAUCACACCCACUUUACAGGUAAAGAAAGUGAGCACUGAACCAGAGCUGGCCGCACUGGCUUGGUGCUGAGAUUGCAAAUAUGGGUUGGGAGCGAGCUGUCUCUCCUCCCCUCCUAUUCCUCCCUUUUUACCUCUGCCUCAUUACCACCUACUGGAACUUAUCCUUCCUUCUCUUUCUUCCCUAGUUCCCUUUACCCUAAUUCCCUCUUCUCUUACCCACUUCCUCCCCGCCAUCCCUUCCUCUUCCCUUCCCCUCCCCCUCUUCCUCUUUCCACCUCCCCUCUCCUUCGACCCCUCCAUUUUACCAGGUAAACUAAGCCCUGACUAAGCACCCUACACUCAUAACCUCAUCCAGUUCUUCCCACAGCACCCCCCAUCCCCUUUGGCUUUGGAAACCCACUUUUUUUCCUAAGCGUGGUCUCAACACUCCAGUAGGGGGCCAUCUCUGCUGCACUUAGCCAGGCUCUUCCCCAUGGUCAAUUAUUCUUUUUUAUCCUCAUUUGCCUUCACUUACAGAAUGCCCAGGCCCCCAGGGACACCCUGCAGUACAGAAAGCAUUCCCCCAGUUAUCUUCCUGGGAUACAAAAACCCCCAAUCCCAGGGCUAGGGGUACAACUCAGUGACAGAGACUUGCCUAGCAUGCACAGGUCCUUGGGUUCCAUUCCCCCUGCCAAAACCCAGAAAGUUUUAUCUGGCUCCAUGGUUGCAAUCAUAGUAGUUCCAGCUACUCAGGAGGCAGAGGCAGGAGGAUCAUGAGUCAAGUCUGGCCUGGACAACUUAGCAAGACCCUGCCUCAAAAUAAAAAAAGAAAGGGGAAACAUUCCCAGUGCCAAGGUUUAUUAUCCCCUAGGAUUUUGCAUAAGGGAUUGAAGAUCUAUUCCCUGACAGGAGGGUAGAACUCAAGCUUUGGGACUGAACCAGUCUCUGCUCCUCUUCAACUGAUGACCCUGGGAAGGAUACUCUCCCCUCUGCACCUAGGUUGCUGGGUAGAUGUUAAUGGGAGCUGGGCAUCAAGUGCGUUGAUCACCCAGUCACUGCACGUGGCAGUGGCUGGCAGUGGGCCCUCUGCUGGGUAUACUGCAACAGCAAAGAAAUUUCUUGCACUUUCCAAAACAAGAGAAAAUAAGCAGUAUUGAAAUAAAAUACAAGAAGACCAAGGCACAGGGACUGCAUUGUAAGUAGAACAUGAGCACCGUGUAGAAGUGAACAAUUUCCCUGAAAUAAACGCCAUAGUAGGUAUGAGUGUACAGCGGCUGUUGUAACAAAAGUAUCUUUGCCUAGGGGCACAGAAACCUUUAUUAUAUCUGGCAGCUCUAGAGGUCUGAAGUCACGGCAGCAGAGCGCCCUCUGGAGGCUUCAAGGAGUUCUUCUGGCUUCCAGCUGUUGGUGGUUCCCAGGGUCCCUUGGUUUGUGGCCGCAUCACUCCAGUCUCUGCCUUGGUCUUCACUGGGCUGUCUUCUCUCCGGGGUUUUCUCUUCUCUUUCUCAUUUUCUCAGUCCGUCUCUCUCAAUUUGGAGCAGAGAAUGCUGGAUAAGUGCUCUACGGCUGAGCUACACCCCCACACCCCAGUUUAGUUUUUCUGCAAUGUGUUUUCAGGCACACGAGGGCGCUCUCCCCGCACCAACCCCUGCCCUUGGAGGCCCUGCAGAACUAGGUCAAGAUUGAGCAGAUUAGCGAGGUCCUAAACUGGCUUCCUAGAGAUCUCUAUUCCUGGGAGAGGAACCAGACAGCAGGUCUAGGCCACACCACGUGGGGAUCUCUCUCCCUGUCCCCAGCACCCAGUUGGGGCUACCAUGGUCUCCCUGUUCUCUGGGCGCGUUCUGAUCUGCAAUAACAGUGACCAGGAUGAGCUGGACACAGAGGCCGAGGUCAGCCGCAGGCUGGAGAACCGUCUGGUGCUGCUGUUCUUUGGCGCUGCGGCUUGUCCCAAGUGUCAGGCCUUCGUGCCCAUCAUCAAGGACUUCUUUGUGAGGCUCACAGAUGAGUUCUAUGUGCUGCGGGCGGCCCAGCUGGCCCUGGUGUACGUGUCGCAGGAUCCCACAGAAGAGCAGCAGGAGCUGUUCCUCAAGGACAUGCCCAAGAAGUGGCUCUUCCUGCCCUUCGAGGAUGAUCUGAGGAGGGACCUCGGGCGCCAGUUCUCGGUGGAGCACCUGCCCACGGUCGUGGUGCUGAAGCCGGGCGGGGACGUGCUCACUCGCGACGCGACGGAUGAGAUCCAGCGCCUGGGCCCAGCUUGCUUCGCCAACUGGCAAGAGGCGGCCGAAGUGCUGGACCGCAACUUUCUGCUCCCCGAGGACCUGGACGACCCGGCGCCGCGGAGCCUCGUGGAGCCGCUGCGCCGCCGCAAGUACCGAGUGGACGAGGAGACGCGGGGCGGGCGCGGCCCGGAGGGCAGGGCCCCCUUCUGAGCCUGCGGAGGAGGCCUGGGGAGCCUCUGCUCCCGGACGAGGUGUCCCCCAAGGUGCAGGGGAGGGGACCGGCCUCUGCCCCAGCCUCCCGCGGAGUACUGAACCCCGGUGGGAGGAGUCGGGCCGAGCUUGGGACCGCUGCGCUCCUCCGUCCCGGUCCCCCCACCCCCGGCCAACCCGCCACCGCCCCGGGAAAGGAAGGUUGCUCUGAGCUCCGGUGACCCGAGCCGCCGACGGAGAGGGGCGGGGGAAGGGGAGGGGUCUGCCCUGAGCUCCACCCCCAGGGGCUCCUCCCCGUCCCCAUCCCCCCGCCCCCACCCGGGGAUUGGAUCCCCAGAGAGGAACGGCGGGGUCCCGGGAGCCGAUUCCGGUCCCUACCCCACCGCCGUGGGGACAGACUGGGACCAAGGUUGGGGCAGGUGGCGAGGGAGUCUCCAUUCAGACACCUCCGCGCACUCAGCCCCGGCCCAGGGCCUGUCCUCCUCCACUGGGGCUUCUCUGGGCCUCCCGGGAAGCAGGCAGAGCUUUAAAGUACCAAGAAAUAUUUUUGAGACCUGAUUCUAGAAUAUUUUUCGAGACCUGGUCCCCAAAUGGGAAAAUGCAAACUAAAUUAAAAAAACGUGCUGAGAACGCUAAGCCCAUGGUGCAUUAAACCAUUUGUUGUUAGAGUUGGUAAACAAGUCUGGAUGGUGCCUGGCAAAAUGCCAGAGGGAGUGGUUUGAGAAGUAACAAAAGCGAGCCAUUAAGUGUGGAGAUUUCUUAUUGGUUGACUGAUGUAUCUAGUUUAUGUUAAUUAGAUAAGCUGUGUGGAAUGUAUAAAUACUGCUCCUGUCCUGCAAUAAACGGCUCCCUCUCCUGCUGUA